AUGUCGUGCGAGGAAAGCUACUUAGCCAUCAGACGCUAUCUGUCCGAUGAGCGGGAGCCGUACGCGCCAGGGACCCAUGGCAAUACUAAAAGAAAGAUUCGUAAAGCAGCCGCUUGUUAUGUCGUGCGGAAUGGCACACUGUACUACCAGAGAAGGCAGAAAGGCCUGGAUGAAUUCACCGAGUUGGAAGUGGUGUUGCAGGCAGGACGCAGGAAGGAACUUAUCGACGAGUCCCACAUCGUCGCCGGAGGAGAGCACCUCAACCAGCAUCACACUUGGGAAUCAAUUUCUCAGAAGUAUUGGUGGAGGGGUAAAAUAGCAUACAACUGCUAAAUUAUCUGGCAACACAAAUGUUAUUUUAUCUAGGCCUGAGAACAUGCGUAAAACAAAGCACCGGUUUACAGUCUUCCCUAAUAGUUAAUCUAUGGCUAGCUAGGUAGUCAACCGGUGUUGGAUUGGUCAAUGCAUGGUAUACUUGUCAACACACGCCACUCAUCAAUAUUCAAAUUCAAUGCCAACCUCUCGCCAUGCAUGCCCAACAGGUUUCAAAAACAGACUUUUGGCCUUAACUGCCUACUUUUUAUUGGUGUGAUGACACCAGUACUAAUGCUCCAUAAUAAUGAAUGUGGAAUAAAUCUAGCAACUGUAGCUUGUGUGUAUGUUCAUUGGCAAUACAUUUUGCAAUGUGAUUAACCCUGUGUAUCUAUCAAAUUUCAGGUAUCCUAAAGCAGGUCAAGGACUACAUGAGACAAUGCAGCCAGUGCCAGAGCAGACAGGACCGGCGAGGGCUAUCAGAGGACGGUACCGGACCCAGACUGGUUGGCCGACCAGGGAGACGUAGGAGGGUCACAACCCCAGCCAGCGAGGAGGAGGAGGAGGAGGAGGACGACGACAACGAGGAGAUGGACUUUGUGACUUCCAUCGAUCAGAAGACCUGGAGCCCCAAAACAGUGGCCAAACACGAACUGGUCUUUGUGAGUGUUGCUGAAUUUCUUUGGGAAUUAUCACUUCGCUGUGAAAUAUUUUCUUCAGUCAAUUAACAGAAUUCACUCACUCAAAGAAACAUAACUGAACUAACUAGGCUAGUGCAUGUUGAAUGUGAUGUAGACGACAUGCCUCAUCUGGCUUUUGAGGUGCUCAUGCCUGGUGUUGAUAAUUUACUCUCUUGUUCACAAAAAUAAAUGGUUUGAUUACUAAGUUAUGCAUGCAUGAUGAAUAUUGAAAUUACCCCAUUAAUUGGUGUAUUGUUAUUGUGUUGCAGGUGGACAGUAAGAUGAAACGGUUGUUAUUGUGUUCCAGGUGGACAGUAAGAUGAAACAGUUGUUGUGUUGCAGGUGGACAAUAAGAUGAAACCGUUGUUAUUGUGUUCCAGGUGGACAGUAAGAUGAGACAGUUGUUGUGUUGCAGGUGGACAGUAAGAUGAAACAGUUGUUAUUGUGUUCCAGGUGGACAGUAAGAUGAGACAGUUGUUGUGUUGCAGGUGGACAGUAAGAUGAAACAGUUGUUAUUGUGUUCCAGGUGGACAGUAAGAUGAAACAGUUGUUAUUGUGUUGCAGGUGGACAGUAAGAUGAAACAGUUGUUAUUGUGUUCCAGGUGGACAGUAAGAUGAAACAGUUGUUAUUGUGUUCCAGGUGGACAGUAAGAUGAAACAGUUGUUGUGUUGCAGGUGGACAGCAAGAUGAAAAAGUUGUUAUUGUGUUCCAGGUGGACAGUAAGAUGAAACAGUUGUUGUGUUGCAGGUGGACAGUAAGAUGAAACAGUUGUUAUUGUGUUGCAGGUGGACAGUAAGAUUAAACAGUUGUUAUUGUGUUGCAGGUGGACAGUAAGAUGAAACAGUUGUUAUUGUGUUCCAGGUGGACAGUAAGAUGAAACAGUUGUUGUGUUGCAGGUGGACAGUAAGAUGAAACAGUUGUUAUUGUGUUCCAGGUAGACAGUAAGAUGAAACAGUUGUUAUUGUGUUCCAGGUGGACAGGAAGAUGAAACAGUUGUUAAUGUGUUGCAGGUGGACAGUAAGAUGAAACAGUUGUUAAUGUGUUGCAGGUGGACAGUAAGAUGAAACAGUUGUAUUGUUGUUGUGUUCCAGGUGGACAGUAAGAUGAAACAGUUGUUAAUGUGUUGCAGGUGGACAGUAAGAUGAAACAGUUGUUAUUGUGUUGCAGGUGGACAGUAAGAUGAAACAGUUGUUAUUGUGUUGCAGGUGGACAGUAAGAUGAAACAGUUGUUGUGUUGCAGGUGGACAAUAAGAUGAAACCAUUGUUAUUGUGUUCCAGGUGGACAGUAAGAUGAGACAGUUGUUGUGUUGCAGGUGGACAGUAAGAUGAAACAGUUGUUAUUGUGUUCCAGGUGGACAGUAAGAUGAAACAGUUGUUGUGUUGCAGGUGGACAGUAAGAUGAAACAGUUGUUAUUGUGUUCCAGGUGGACAGUAAGAUGAAACAGUUGUUAUUGUGUUCCAGGUGGACAGUAAGAUGAAACAGUUGUUGUGUUGCAGGUGGACAGUAAGAUGAAACAGUUGUUAUUGUGUUGCAGGUGGACAGUAAGAUUAAACAGUUGUUAUUGUGUUGUAGGUGGACAGUAAGAUGAAACAGUUGUUGUGUUGCAGGUGGACAGUAAGAUGAAACAGUUGUUAUUGUGUUGCAGGUGGACAGUAAGAUUAAACAGUUGUUAUUGUGUUCCAGGUGGACAGUAAGAUGAAACAGUUGUUGUGUUGCAGGUGGACAGUAAGAUGAAACAGUUGUUAUUGUGUUGCAGGUGGACAGUAAGAUUAAACAGUUGUUAUUGUGUUGUAGGUGGACAGUAAGAUGAAACAGUUGUUGUGUUGCAGGUGGACAGUAAGAUGAAACAGUUGUUAUUGUGUUCCAGGUGGACAGUAAGAUGAAACAGUUGUUGUGUUGCAGGUGGACAGUAAGAUGAAACAGUUGUUAUUGUGUUGCAGGUGGACAGUAAGAUUAAACAGUUGUUAUUGUGUUCCAGGUGGACAGUAAGAUGAAACAGUUGUUGUGUUGCAGGUGGACAGUAAGAUGAAACAGUUGUUAUUGUGUUGCAGGUGGACAGUAAGAUUAAACAGUUGUUAUUGUGUUGUAGGUGGACAGUAAGAUGAAACAGUUGUUGUGUUGCAGGUGGACAGUAAGAUGAAACAGUUGUUAUUGUGUUGCAGGUGGACAGUAAGAUUAAACAGUUGUUAUUGUGUUCCAGGUGGACAGUAAGAUGAAACAGUUGUUGUGUUGCAGGUGGACAGUAAGAUGAAACCAUUGUUAUUGUGUUCCAGGUGGACAGUAAGAUGAGACAGUUGUUGUGUUGCAGGUGGACAGUAAGAUGAAACAGUUGUUAUUGUGUUCCAGGUGGACAGUAAGAUGAAACAGUUGUUAUUGUGUUCCAGGUGGACAGUAAGAUGAAACAGUUGUUAUUGUGUUCCAGGUGGACAGUAAGAUGAAACAGUUGUUAUUGUGUUCCAGGUGGACAGUAAGAUUAAACAGUUGUAUUGUGUUCCAGGUGGACAGUAAGAUGAAACAGUUGUUAUUGUGUUCCAGGUGGACAGUAAGAUGAAACAGUUGUUAUUGUGUUCCAGGUGGACAGGAAGAUGAAACAGUUGUUAAUGUGUUGCAGGUGGACAGUAAGAUGAAACAGUUGUUAAUGUGUUGCAGGUGGACAGUAAGAUGAAACAGUUGUAUUGUUGUUGUGUUCCAGGUGGACAGUAAGAUGAAACAGUUGUUAUUGUGUUGCAGGUGGACAGUAAGAUGAAACAGUUGUUAUUGUGUUGCAGGUGGACAGUAAGAUGAAACAGUUGUUAUUGUGUUGCAGGUGGACAGUAAGAUGAAACAGUUGUUAUUGUGUUGCAGGUGGACAGUAAGAUGAAACAGUUGUUAUUGUGUUGCAGGUGGACAGUAAGAUGAAACAGUUGUAUUGUUGUUGUGUUCCAGGUGGACAGUAAGGGGUUGGUGAAGCAGUACCUUCCCAGACAUGGUCAGACGAUGCUGGACAAGCUGAACCAGCAGCGCCUCAACAACCAGUUCUGUGACAUCACGCUGCUGAUCGAGGGGGAGGAGCACAGAGCUCACAAGGCUGUGCUGGCCGCCUGCAGCGACUACUUUAAUGAGCUGUUUAUAGAGAAGGGAGCUGUGUCCAGUCAUGAAGCAGUGGUCGAUCUCUCAGGUGAGCCAUCAUUUAUUCAAAGGUACACUAUGUAUACAGCAGUAUGUGGACACCCCUUCAUAUUAGUGGAUUCUAAUAGAGAUACACUAUAUAUACAGCAGUAUGAGGACACCCCUUCAUAUUAGUGGAUUCUAAUAGAGAUGCACUAUAUAUACAGCAGUAUGUGGACACCCCUUCAUAUUAGUGGAUUCUAAUAGAGAUACACUAUGUAUACAGCAGUAUGUGGACACCCCUUCAUAUCUAUAUAUACAGCAGUAUGUGGACACCCCUUCAUAUUAGUGGAUUCUAAUAGAGAUACACUAUAUAUAUAGCAGUAUGUGGACACCCCUUCAUAUUAGUGGAUUCUAAUAGAGAUACACUAUGUAUACAGCAGUAUGUGGACACCCCUUCAUAUCUAUAUAUACAGCAGUAUGUGGACACCCCUUCAUAUUAGUGGAUUCUAAUAGAGAUACACUAUAUAUAUAGCAGUAUGUGGACACCCCUUCAUAUUAGUGGAUUCUAAUAGAGAUACACUAUAUAUACAGCAGUAUGUGGACACCCCUUCAUAUUAGUGGAUUCUAAUAGAGAUACACUAUGUAUACAGCAGUAUGUGGACACCCCUUCAUAUUAGUGGAUUCUAAUAGAGAUACACUAUAUAUACAGCAGUAUGUGGACACCCCUUCAUAUUAGUGGAUUCUAAUAGAGAUGCACUAUAUAUACAGCAGUAUGUGGACACCCCUUCAUAUUAGUGGAUUCUAAUAGAGGUACACUAUAUAUACAGCAGUAUGUGGACACCCCUUCAUAUUAGUGGAUUCUAAUAGAGAUACACUAUAUAUACAGCAGUAUGUGGACACCCCUUCAUAUUAGUGGAUUCUAAUAGAGAUACACUAUGUAUACAGCAGUAUGUGGACACCCCUUCAUAUCUAUAUAUACAGCAGUAUGUGGACACCCCUUCAUAUUAGUGGAUUCUAAUAGAGAUACACUAUAUAUAUAGCAGUAUGUGGACACCCCUUCAUAUUAGUGGAUUCUAAUAGAGAUACACUAUGUAUACAGCAGUAUGUGGACACCCCUUCAUAUCUAUAUAUACAGCAGUAUGUGGACACCCCUUCAUAUUAGUGGAUUCUAAUAGAGAUACACUAUAUAUAUAGCAGUAUGUGGACACCCCUUCAUAUUAGUGGAUUCUAAUAGAGAUACACUAUGUAUACAGCAGUAUGUGGACACCCCUUCAUAUUAGUGGAUUCUAAUAGAGAUACACUAUAUAUACAGCAGUAUGUGGACACCCCUUCAUAUUAGUGGAUUCUAAUAGAGAUACACUAUGUAUACAGCAGUAUGUGGACACCCCUUCAUAUUAGUGGAUUCUAAUAGAGAUACACUAUAUAUACAGCAGUAUGAGGACACCCCUUCAUAUUAGUGGAUUCUAAUAGAGAUACACUAUAUAUACAGUAUUAUGUGGACACCCCUUCAUAUUAGUGGAUUCUAAUAGAGGUACACUAUAUAUACAGCAGUAUGAUGACACCCCUUCAUAUUAGUGGAUUCUAAUAGAGAUACACUAUGUAUACAGUAUUAUGUGGACACCCCUUCAUAUUAGUGGAUUCUAAUAGAGGUACACUAUAUAUACAGCAGUAUGAUGACACCCCUUCAUAUUAGUGGAUUCUAAUAGAGAUACACUAUGUAUACAGCAGUAUGUGGACACCCCUUCAUAUUAGUGGAUUAUAAUAGAGAUACACUAUAUAUACAGCAGUAUGUGGACACCCCUUCAUAUUAGUGGAUUCUAAUAGAGAUACACUAUAUAUACAGCAGUAUGUGGACACCCCUUCAUAUUAGUGGAUUCUAAUAGAGAUACACUAUAUAUACAGCAGUAUGUGGACACCCCUUCAUAUUAGUGGAUUCUAAUAGAGAUACACUAUAUAUACAGCAGUAUGUGGACACCCCUUCAUAUUAGUGGAUUCUAAUAGAGAUACACUAUAUAUACAGCAGUAUGUGGACACCCCUUCAUAUUAGUGGAUUCUAAUAGAGAUACACUAUAUAUACAGCAGUAUGUGGACACCCCUUCAUAUUAGUGGAUUCUAAUAGAGAUACACUAUAUAUACAGCAGUAUGAGGACACCCCUUCAUAUUAGUGGAUUCUAAUAGAGAUACACUAUAUAUACAGCAGUAUGAGGACACCCCUUCAUAUUAGUGGAUUCUAAUAGAGAUACACUAUAUAUACAGCAGUAUGUGGACACCCCUUCAUAUUAGUGGAUUCUAAUAGAGAUACACUAUAUAUACAGCAGUAUGAGGACACCCCUUCAUAUUAGUGGAUUCUAAUAGAGAUCCACUAUAUAUACAGCAGUAUGUGGACACCCCUUCAUAUUAGUGGAUUCUAAUAGAGAUACACUAUGUAUACAGCAGUAUGAGGACACCCCUUCAUAUUAGUGGAUUCUAAUAGAGAUACACUAUAUAUACAGCAGUAUGUGGACACCCCUUCAUAUUAGUGGAUUCUAAUAGAGAUACACUAUAUAUACAGCAGUAUGAGGACACCCCUUCAUAUUAGUGGAUUCUAAUAGAGAUACUGCUGUAUAUAUAGUGUAUCUCUAUUAGAAUCCACUAAUAUGAAGGGGUGUCCACAUACUGCUGUAUAUAUAGUGUAUCUCUAUUAGAAUCCACUAAUAUGAAGGGGUGUCCUCAUACUGCUGUAUAUAUAGUGUAUCUCUAUUAGAAUCCACUAAUAUGAAGGGGUGUCCACAUACUGCUGUAUAUAUAGUGUAUGUGGACACCCCUUCAUAUUAGUGGAUUCUAAUAGAGAUACACUAUAUAUACAGCAGUAUGAGGACACCCCUUCAUAUUAGUGGAUUCUAAUAGAGAUACACUAUAUAUACAACAGUAUGUGGACACCCCUUCAUAUUAGUGGAUUCUAAUAGAGAUACACUAUAUAUACAGCAGUAUGUGGACACCCCUUCAUAUUAGUGGAUUCUAAUAGAGAUACACUAUAUAUACAGCAGUAUGAGGACACCCCUUCAUAUUAGUGGAUUCUAAUAGAGAUACACUAUAUAUACAGCAGUAUGAGGACACCCCUUCACAUUAGUGGAUUCUAAUAGAGAUACACUAUAUAUACAGCAGUAUGAGGACACCCCUUCAUAUUAGUGGAUUCUAAUAGAGAUACACUAUAUAUACAGCAGUAUGAGGACACCCCUUCAUAUUAGUGGAUUCUAAUAGAGGUACACUAUAUAUACAGCAGUAUGUGGACACCCCUUCAUAUUAGUGGAUUCUAAUAGAGAUACACUAUAUAUACAGCAGUAUGAGGACACCCCUUCAUAUUAGUGGAUUCUAAUAGAGGUACACUAUAUAUACAGCAGUAUGUGGACACCCCUUCAUAUUAGUGGAUUCUAAUAGAGAUACACUAUAUAUACAGCAGUAUGAGGACACCCCUUCAUAUUAGUGGAUUCUAAUAGAGAUACACUAUAUAUACAGCAGUAUGAGGACACCCCUUCAUAUUAGUGGAUUCUAAUAGAGGUACACUAUAUAUACAGCAGUAUGUGGACACCCCUUCAUAUUAGUGGAUUCUAAUAGAGAUACACUAUAUAUACAGCAGUAUGUGGACACCCCUUCAUAUUAGUGGAUUCUAAUAGAGAUACACUAUAUAUACAGCAGUAUGAGGACACCCCUUCAUAUUAGUGGAUUCUAAUAGAGAUACACUAUGUAUACAGCAGUAUGUGGACACCCCUUCAUAUUAGUGGAUUCUAAUAGAGAUACACUAUAUAUACAGCAGUAUGAGGACACCCCUUCAUAUUAGUGGAUUCUAAUAGAGAUACACUAUGUAUACAGCAGUAUGUGGACACCCCUUCAUAUUAGUGGAUUCUAAUAGAGAUACACUAUGUAUACAGCAGUAUGUGGACACCCCUUCAUAUUAGUGGAUUCUAAUAGAGAUACACUAUAUAUACAGCAGUAUGUGGACACCCCUUCAUAUUAGUGGAUUCUAAUAGAGAUACACUAUGUAUACAGCAGUAUGAGGACACCCCUUCAUAUUAGUGGAUUCUAAUAGAGAUACACUAUAUAUACAGCAGUAUGAGGACACCCCUUCAUAUUAGUGGAUUCUAAUAGAGAUACACUAUAUAUACAGCAGUAUGAGGACACCCCUUCAUAUUAGUGGAUUCUAAUAGAGGUACACUAUAUAUACAGCAGUAUGUGGACACCCCUUCAUAUUAGUGGAUUCUAAUAGAGAUACACUAUAUAUACAGCAGUAUGAGGACACCCCUUCAUAUUAGUGGAUUCUAAUAGAGAUACACUAUAUAUACAGCAGUAUGAGGACACCCCUUCAUAUUAGUGGAUUCUAAUAGAGGUACACUAUAUAUACAGCAGUAUGUGGACACCCCUUCAUAUUAGUGGAUUCUAAUAGAGAUACACUAUAUAUACAGCAGUAUGUGGACACCCCUUCAUAUUAGUGGAUUCUAAUAGAGAUACACUAUAUAUACAGCAGUAUGAGGACACCCCUUCAUAUUAGUGGAUUCUAAUAGAGAUACACUAUGUAUACAGCAGUAUGUGGACACCCCUUCAUAUUAGUGGAUUCUAAUAGAGAUACACUAUAUAUACAGCAGUAUGAGGACACCCCUUCAUAUUAGUGGAUUCUAAUAGAGAUACACUAUGUAUACAGCAGUAUGUGGACACCCCUUCAUAUUAGUGGAUUCUAAUAGAGAUACACUAUGUAUACAGCAGUAUGUGGACACCCCUUCAUAUUAGUGGAUUCUAAUAGAGAUACACUAUAUAUACAGCAGUAUGUGGACACCCCUUCAUAUUAGUGGAUUCUAAUAGAGAUACACUAUGUAUACAGCAGUAUGUAGACACCCCUUCAUAUUAGUGGAUUCUAAUAGAGAUACACUAUAUAUACAGCAGUAUGUGGACACCCCUUCACAUUAGUGGAUUCUAAUAGAGAUACACUAUAUAUACAGCAGUAUGAGGACACCCCUUCAUAUUAGUGGAUUCUAAUAGAGAUACAGUAUGUAUACAGCAGUAUGUGGACACCCCUUCAUAUUAGUGGAUUCUAAUAGAGAUACACUAUAUAUACAGCAGUAUGUAGACACCCCUUCAUAUUAGUGGAUUCUAAUAGAGGUACACUAUAUAUACAGCAGUAUGUGGACACCCCUUCAUAUUAGUGGAUUCUAAUAGAGAUACACUAUAUAUACAGCAGUAUGUAGACACCCCUUCAUAUUAGUGGAUUCUAAUAGAGAUACACUAUAUAUACAGCAGUAUGUGGACACCCCUUCAUAUUAGUGGAUUCUAAUAGAGAUACACUAUGUAUACAGCAGUAUGUGGACACCCCUUCAUAUUAGUGGAUUCUAAUAGAGAUACACUAUGUAUACAGCAGUAUGAGGACACCCCUUCAUAUUAGUGGAUUCUAAUAGAGAUACACUAUGUAUACAGCAGUAUGUGGACACCCCUUCAUAUUAGUGGAUUCUAAUAGAGAUACACUAUAUAUACAGCAGUAUGUGGACACCCCUUCAUAUUAGUGGAUUCUAAUAGAGAUACACUAUAUAUACAGCAGUAUGUGGACACCCCUUCAUAUUAGUGGAUUCUAAUAGAGAUACACUAUAUAUACAGCAGUAUGAGGACACCCCUUCAUAUUAGUGGAUUAUAAUAGAGAUACACUAUGUAUACAGCAGUAUGAGGACACCCCUUCAUAUUAGUGGAUUCUAAUAGAGAUACACUAUAUAUACAGCAGUAUGUGGACACCCCUUCAUAUUAGUGGAUUCUAAUAGUUCCAACCUGCCUCUGGAAGCAACGUCAGCACAAUAACUUUUUCGUCGGGAGCUUCAUGAAAUAGGUUUCCAUGGCCGAGCAGCGGCACACAAGCCUAAGAUCACCAUGCGCAAUGACAAGCGUUGGCUGGAGUGGUGUAAAGCUCGCCUCCAUUGGACUCUGGAGAAGUGGAAUCGCAAUCUCUGGAGUGAUGAAUCACGCUUCACCAUUUGACAGUCCGACAGACCAAUCUGGGUUUGGCGGAUGCCAGGAGAACGUUACCUGUCCCAAUCCAUAGUGCCAACUGUAAAGUUUGGUGGAGGAGGAAUAAUGGUCUGGGGCUGGUUUUCAUGGUUCGGGCUAGGCCCCUUAGUUCCAGUGAAGGGAAAUCUUAACGCUACAACGUACAGUGGCUUGCGAAAAUAUUCACCCCCCUUGGCAUUUUUUCCUAUUUUGUUGCCUUACAACCUGGAAUUAAAAUGGAUUUUUUGGGGGGUUUGUAUCAUUUGAUUUACACAACAUGCCUACCACUUUGAAGAUGCAAAAUACUUUUUUUGGUGAACAAACAAGAAAUAACACAAAAAAAUAAACUUGAGCGUGCAUAACUAUUCAUCCCCCAAAGUCAAUACUUUGUAGAGCCACCUUUUGCAGCAAUUACAGCUGCAAGUCUCUUGGGGUAUGUCUCUAUAAGCUUGGCACAUCUAGCCACUGGGAUUUUUGCUCAUUCUUCAAGGCAAAACUGCUCCAGCUCCUUCAAGUUGGAUGGGUUCCACUGGUGUACAGCAAUCUUUAAGUCAUACCACAGAUUCUCAAUUGGAUUGUGGUCUGGGCUUUGACUAGGCCAUUCCAAGACAUUUAAAUGUUUCCCCUUAAACCACUUGAGUGUUGCUUUAGCAGUAUGCUUAGGGUCAUUGUCCUGCUGGAUGGUGUUCUCGGGGUGAUGAGGUGUUGGGUUCGCGCCAGACAUAGCGUUUCCCUUGAUGGCCAAAAAGCUCAAUUUUAGUCUAAUCUGACCAGAGUACCUUCUUCCAUAUGUUUGGGGAGUCUCCCUCAUGCCUUUUGGCGAACACCAAACAUGUUUGCUUAUUUUUUUCUUUAAGCAAUGGCUUUUUUCUGGCCACUCUUCCGUAAAGCCCAGCUCUGUGGAGUGUACGGCUUAAAGUGGUGCUGUGGAGCUUUGCAGCUCCUUCAGGGUUAUCUUUGGUCUCUUUGUUGCCUCUCUGAUUAAUGCCCUCCUUGCCUGGUCCGUGAGUUUUGGUGGGCAGCCCUCUCUUGGCAGGUUUGUUGUGGUGCCUUAUUCUUUCCAUGUUUUAAUAAUGGAUUUAAUGGUGCUCCGUGGGAUGUUCAAAGUUUCAGAUAUUUUUUUAUAACCCAACCCUGAUCUGUACUUCUCCACACCUUUGUCCCUGACCUGUUUGGAGAGCUCCUUGGUCUUCAUGGUGCCGCUUGCUUGGUGGUGCCCCUUGCUUAGUGGUGUUGCAGACUCUGGGGCCUUUCAGAACAGGUGUGUAUAUAUACUGAGAUCAUGUGACAGAUCAUGUGACACUUAGAUUGCACACAGGUGGACUUUAUUUAACUAAUUAUGUGACUUCUGAAGGUAAUUGGUUGCACCAGAUCUUAUUUAGGGGCUUCAUAGCAAAGGGGGUGAAUACAUAUGCACGCACCACAUUUCCGUUAUUUAUUUUUUAGAAUUUUUUGAAACAAGUAAUUUUUUUCAUUUCACUUCACCAAUUUGGACUAUUUUGUGUAUGUCCAUUACAUGAAAUCCAUUUAAAUUACAGGUUGUAAUGCAGAAAAAUAGGGGAAAAAAACGCCAUGGGGGAUGAAUACUUUUGCAAGGCACUGUACAAUAACAUUCUAGACGAUUCUGUGCUUCCAACUUUUUGGCAACAGUUUGGGGAAGGCCCUUUCCUGUUUCAGCAUGACAAUGCCCCUGUGCACAAAGUGAGGUCCAUACAGAAAUGGUUUGUCGAGAUCGGUGUGGAAGAACUUGACUGGCCUGCAGAGAGCCCUGACCUCAACCCCAUCGAACACCUUUAGGGUGAAUUGGAACGCCGACUGCGAGCCAGGCUUAAUCGCCCAACAUCAGUGCCCGACUUCACUAAUGCUCUUGUGGCUGAAUGGAAGCAAGUCCCUGCAGCAAUGUUCCAACAUCUAGUGGAAAGCCUUCCCAGAAGAGUGGAAGCUGUUAUAGCAGCAAAGGGGGGGACCAACUCCAUAUUAAUGCCCAUGAUUUUGGAAUGAGAUGUUCGACGAGCGGGUGUCCGCAUACUUUUGGUCAUGUAGUGUACUUACCAUGCAUUUAGUGCAUACGUUUUAGUAUGUGCAGAUGAUCCCUGUUGGACUUGAACCCACAACUUUGGUGUUGAUUGCACCAUGCUCUUACUGAGCCAUACAGGACCACAUGGGGACAGGCACCAGGAGGGAAGCAUUUAGCAUGGGGACAGACACCAGGAGGGAAGCAUUUAGCAUGGGGACAGACACCAGGAGGGAAUCAUUUAGCAUGGGGACAGACACCAGGAGGGAAGCAUUUAGCAUGGGGACAGACACCAGGAGGGAAGCAUUUAGCAUGGGGACAGGCACCAGGAGGGAAGCAUUUAGCAUGGGGACAGACACCAGGAGGGAAGCAUUUAGCAUGGGGACAGGCACCAGGAGGGAAGCAUUUAGCAUGGGGACAGACACCAGGAGGGAAGCAUUUAGCAUGGGGACAGGCACCAGGAGGGAUGCAUUUAGCAUGGGGACAGACACCAGGAGGGAAGCCCCAGGAGGGAAGCAGUACUUCAUUUAACAUGGGGACAGACACCAGGAGGGAAGCAGUACUUCAUUUAGUAUGGGGACAGACACCAGGAGGGAAGCAGUACUUCAUUUAGCAUGGGGACAGGCACCAGGAGGGAAGCAGUACUUCAUUUAACAUGGGGACAGACACCAGGAGGGAAGCAGUACUUCAUUUAACAUGGGGACAGACACCAGGAGGGAAGCAGUACUUCAUUUAGCAUGGGGACAGACACCAGGAGGGAAGCAGUACUUCAUUUAACAUGGGGACAGACACCAGGAGGGAAGCAGUACUUCAUUUAACAUGGGGACAGACACCAGGAGGGAAGCAGUACUUCAUUUAGCAUGCGGACAGACACCAGGAGGGAAGCAGUACUUUAUUUAGUAGUGUAUUAGUCUGUUUCUAGAGUGGUUGUGGUGACGUCUUAGUGUAAUAUAAUGUACUGUGAAAAUGCAUGAACGUUGUCAUUUUACUGAAGUGGUCUGGUCAGAGGAACAACCUUUGUCUCUCCGUCUCUAUGCUCAGGGUUCAGCAAGGUCACUUUCCUUCCCCUGCUGGAGUUUGCCUACACCUCCAACCUCUGCUUCAACUUCUGCGUGAUGGCCGACGUGGCCACGCUGGCCCGACACCUUCUGAUGGCCGAGGUCCUUCAGAUCUGUGAGUCCGUCCACAAGAAGGUAGAGGAGCAGAAGCUGAUGGUGUACCAGCAAGGAGACAUCCACACGGUGGUGUCCAGCCAGCCUGCACCCCAACAGGCCCUGAAUGAAGAAACCUACAUUAUGACCAUCGGGAGCGACGGCCAUGCCGUGGUGACUCACACUGGGCUGGCUGGAGCAGGGGACUCCUUGGCUGUCAUGGCCCACGCAGCAGAGGCCUUCGGAGGUGAUCCGAUGUCCGUAGCCACCCAGGCUCUGGGAGGUGAACCAGGGGAGAGUAUGACUGUGGUUGGGGAGGCUGGGUCCGAGACGGUGACUCUAGUCACCCACAGCGGCCAGGCCCAGGCAGGUGAGUCGGUCACCCUCAUCUCCCCUACUGGAGAGGCAGAGACCAUGACGGUGGUCACCCACAGCGGCCAGGCCGGAGCCAGUGAGUCCCUAGCCGUGGUGUCAGCCUGUCUGGCCCUGGAUCAGCAGCCACAGGACGGGGACGAGUGGGACUCCCCCUCCAUGGAGCCAGGGGCCUUCCUCAUCAGUGUGGACCCAGGGAAGGUGGCCCCUACAGACCUGGCUGUAAUGCCACGUGUCCUCCAGGAGGACCCAACACCAAAGGAGAAUGCGUCAACAACAGCAUCAUCAGCGUCCCAGAAGGCAGAGCCAGCUUCCCAGGCCGAGCCCCAGCCUCCCCCUGCUCCCCAACUCCCCAAGAGGAAGAGAGGGCGGCCUGCCAAAGUGAAGCAGGAGGUUGUGGAGGAGCCUCCUGUCGAGGAGGAGGUGCCAGAGCCGGUCUCUACUCCUGCAGAGGAGGUGCAGGCGGAGAUUCAGGGGACCCAUGACCCCUAUAAGAGACGGCUACGGCAGCGCUCCAUGGGGGAGGGGGGGUAUGUCAGACUACACAUGGGGCUGGAGGAGGACGGAGAGGACAAGAAGGAAGCCCAGACCCCCCAGUGUCCCAGCACCCCCAAGGUAGGCCAGACCCCCCAGUGUCCCAGCACCCCCAAGGUAGGCCAGACCCCCCCAGUGUCCCAGCACCCCCAAGGUAGGCCAGACCCCCCAGUGUCCCAGCACCCCCAAGGUAGGCCAGACCCCCCAGUGUCCCAGCACCCCCAAGGUAGGCCAGACCCCCCAGUGUCCCAGCACCCCCAAGGUAGGCCAGACCCCCCAGUGUCCCAGCACCCCCAAAGUAGGCUGUAGACUAACACCAACACCAAUAUAAUCACAGUACAGCGCCGAGAAAAAGUAUUUACCCCUUUCUGAUUGUCUAGUUUUGCAAAAUUCUUCAACCAAAACCUAACAUUAGAUAAAGGGAACCUGAGUUUACAAAUAACAACAUAUUGAUACUUAUUUAUUUAAUUAACAAAGAUAUGCAACACCCAAAUCCCCUGUGUGAAAAUGUAGUUGUCCCCUUAAUAUGCAAAACUAGAGAAUCAGAAAGGGCACUGUAGAUGAAUUAGCAGGGGAAAUACAUUAGUCUUGCAGAGCAGUCUUUAAGCUGUGUGUGUGAGAGAGGCUUUACCCAUCCUAACUGUUCUGUAUCUCUCCCUCAAAUAUAAACCCCAACACCCCCAAGAAGAGAGGUGGACCCACCAAGAGGCCAGUUAAAGUGAUCGAGGCUGUUGUCCAGACAGAGAUGGAGGAGAUCCUAUCAGUGAAGGGCGUGGCAGACGGAGCUGAGCCUAUCACAGAGAAGGCUGUGGCGGAGGGGCCGGAGCCAGGUCAAGGCCCCGCCCAGCCAGACGGAGGGAGCGUGGUGGAGGGAGAACACACCUGUUCAGAGUGUGGACUGACGUUUCACAGGCGCUACGCUCUCAUCAUGCACACACUCAAACACGAGAAGACCAGAGGAUACAAGUGCAGUGUACGUACCAACAACACUGUUCUCCAGAUCAGAGACUAUAUUAGUGCAGUGUACCUACCAACAACACUGUUCUCCAGAUCAGAGACUAUAUUAGUGCAGUGUACCUACCAACAACACUGUUCUCCAGAUCAGAGACUGUAUUAGUGCAGUGUACCUACAACAACACUGUUCUCCAGAUCAGAGACUGUAUUAGUGCAGUGUACCCUACCAACAACACUGUUUCUCCAGAUCAGAGACUGUAUUAGUGCAGUGUACCUACAACAACACUGUUCUCCAGAUCAGGAGACUGUAUUAGUGCAGUGUACCUACCAACAACACUGUUCUCCAGAUCAGAGACUAUAUUAGGCAGUGUACUUACCAACAACACUGUUCUCCAGAUCAGAGACUAUAUUAGUGCAGUGUACUACCAACAACACUGUUUCCAAGAUCAGAGACUAGAUUAGUGCAGUGUACCUACCAACAACACUGUUCUCCAGAUCAGAGACUAUAUUAGUGGUGUACCCCUACCCAACAACACUGUUCUCCAGAUCAGAGGACUAUAUUAGUGCAGUGUACCUACCAACAACACUGUUCUCCAGAUCAGAGACUAUAUUAGUGCAGUGUACCUACCAACAACACUGUUCUCCAGAUCAGAGACUAUAUUAGUGCAGUGUACCUACCAACAACACUGUUCUCCAGAUCAGAGACUAUAUUAGUGCAGUGUACCUACCAACAACACUGUUCUCCAGAUCAGAGACUAUAUUAGUGCAGUGUACCUACCAACAACACUGUUCUCCAGAUCAGAGACUAUAUUAGUGCAGUGUACCUACCAACAACACUGUUCUCCAGAUCAGAGACUGUAUUAGUGCAGUGUACCUACCAACAAACACUGUUCUCCAGAUCAGAGACUGUAUUAGUGCAGUGUACCUACCAACAACACUGUUCUCCAGAUCAGAGACUGUAUUAGUGCAGUGUACCUACCAACAACACUGUUCUCCAGAUCAGAGACUGUAUUAGUGCAGUUGUACCUACCAACAACACUGUUCUCCAGAUCAGAGACUGUAUUAGUGCAGUGUACCUACCAACAACACUGUUCUCCAGAUCAGAGACUGUAUUAGUGCAGUGUACCUACCAACAACACUGUUCUCCAGAUCAGAGACUGUAUUAGUGCAGUGUACCUACCAACAACACUGUUCUCCAGAUCAGAGACUGUAUUAGUGCAGUGUACCUACCAACAACACUGUUCUCCAGAUCAGAGACUAUAUUAGUGCAGUGUACCUACCAACAACACUGUUCUCCAGAUCAGAGACUGUAUUAGUGCAGUGUACCUACCAACAACACUGUUCUCCAGAUCAGAGACUGUAUUAGUGCAGUGUACCUACCAACAAACACUGUUCUCCAGAUCAGAGACUGUAUUAGUGCAGUGUACCUACCAACAACACUGUUCUCCAGAUCAGAGACUGUAUUAGUGCAGUGUACCUACCAACAACACUGUUCUCCAGAUCAGAGACUGUAUUAGUGCAGUGCACCUACCAACAACACUGUUCUCCAGAUCAGAGACUGUAUUAGUGCAGUGCACCUACCAACAACACUGUUCUCCAGAUCAGAGACUGUAUUAGUGCAGUGUACCUACCAACAACACUGUUCUCCAGAUCAGAGACUAUAUUAGUGCAGUGUACCUACCAACAACACUGUUCUCCAGAUCAGAGACUAUAUUAGUGCAGUGUACCUACCAACAACACUGUUCUCCAGAUCAGAGACUAUAUUAGUGCAGUGUACCUACCAACAACACUGUUCUCCAGAUCAGAGACUAUAUUAGUGCAGUGUACCUACCAACAACACUGUUCUCCAGAUCAGAGACUAUAUUAGUGCAGUGUACCUACCAACAACACUGUUCUCCAGAUCAGAGACUAUAUUAGUACAGUGCACCUACCAACAACACUGUUCUCCAGAUCAGAGACUGUAUUAGUGCAGUGUACCUACCAACAACACUGUUCUCCAGAUCAGAGACUAUAUUAGUGCAGUGUACGAACCAACAACACUGUUCUCCAGAUCAGAGACUAUAUUAUUGCAGUGUACCUACCAACAACACUGUUCUCCAGAUCAGAGACUAUAUUAGUGCAGUGUACCUACCAACAACACUGUUCUCCAGAUCAGAGACUAUAUUAGUGCAGUGUGCCUACCAACAACACUGUUCUCCAGAUCAGAGACUGUAUUAGUGCAGUGUACCUACCAACAACACUGUUCUCCAGAUCAGAGACUAUAUUAGUGCAGUGUACCUACCAACAACACGGUUCUCCAGAUCAGAGACUAUAUUAGUGCAGUGUACCUACCAACAACACUGUUCUCCAGAUCAGAGACUAUAUUAGUGCAGUGUACCUACCAACAACACUGUUCUCCAGAUCAGAGACUAUAUUAGUGCAGUGUACCUACCAACAACACUGUUCUCCAGAUCAGAGACUAUAUUAGUGCAGUGUACUAAUACUUUUUGCUGCCCUGUGUACAGGUCUGUUGCUGUCUAUAUGUCUGUCUCCAUGUGAGUCAUCACUGGCAGUCAUAUGGCUUCGAUGUUUUUGUCAUAUAUCAGUGAUUUGUUCUUGGUGGGGAGAGAUGUUAGUUAUCCCUCUGCCAAGUGUAAUAAAUACAGUACAUUAGAAAUCCUGCUAAAAAAUCUCCCCCUCUCUCUCUCUCUCUCCCUCCCCCUGCUCUCUUUCUCCAUCUCUCUCUCUCCCCCCCACUCUCCCCCUCCCCCCCCCCCCCCCCCCCCCCCCCCCCUCUGUCUCUAGUUGUGUAACAAGGAGUUCCAGUACGCUGCCUCUCUGAGAGCCCAUCUGGCCAGACACAAGCACCAAAAGAGCCAGAGGCCCACCCUGGUUAGGGUCCCCCUGUCCCAUGGUGAGGAGGGCCUCGAGGGGGACGGCAGGGCCAAGGGACGCACCAAGAGAGAGUUUGUCUGUGACAUCUGUGGAAAGACCCUUCCUAAGCUGUACUCGCUGAGGAUCCACAUGCUUAACCACACUGGUCAGUCAGUUUCCCCCCUUUGUGCACCUUGGUGUAAAAUAUUUAUAUAAAUCCACUCUUCUUCUCCUUCGCGUUAGUUAUUGUUGUAAUGAUCAUUUCCACAGGUGUGAGGCCCCACUGCUGCACGGUCUGUGGGAAGACGUUUGCUCAUAACAACUCCCUGAAAGCACAGAUGGUGCAUGAAAGCUGUUAA